ACUUCCUGCAUUCUACCCUACUGCUAAGAACCGUUAAACGAACUGUACCGUUUUAUAGUUGUUAACAGCAACGGGACUGCUCGUUUACCUUCUUCUUCCAGGGGCGUUUUUUAGGAAUGGUAGCAUUAAAACAUUGUAAUUAAGUGCAAUGAUACUGUCGGAUCUUCCGGAUGACCUACAUUUCCUGGUGUUGAGCUAUGUUCCCGAGGAUAGUCUCUUACGGCACUGCCGGCUGGUAUGUCACAGGUGGAAGGAAAUUGUGGAUAGCCAGGCGUUGUGGAAGUUGAAGUGUCAGAGAGCUGGGAUUGUCAACAACAUUGGUCAUUUUCCCGUGCGUUUUGAAUGGAAACGUGUUUAUUUAACGAAACCCUUCGAUAGGAACUUGAUCAAGAAUCCGUGUGGCGAACAUCAGUAUAACUACUGGAAAGUACACCAUGGAGGUAAUGGAUGGAAAAUUGCUACAUGUGAACCUCAAGCUGAAACGCCAUUCUCAUCAUACUUUGGGACGUCUUAUAGUUGGUGUUGGAAGUAUCAGAUUGUUGAUCUUCUUAAAGAAGGACUGUGGGAAGAGUUACUAGAUUGCUACCAGCCAGACAUCUGCAUCUCUGACUGGUAUUCUGGUCUACAUGCUGAAUUUGGAUGUGUGUAUGGAAUUCAUGUUUGCUUGCUGGCUGAAGACAAGAAAACCAUAAUUGCAAAAUUUGAAGAAAACAUUGGUGAGAUACACUGUGGUGCCUUUCAAAAGGUGUCUUGUGUUUUUCGUAAUUAUGGAAAUGGCGUCCGUUAUGUACGAUUCUGUCACAGAGGGAAAGAUACACUGUUCUGGGCAGGACACUAUGGAGCUCUAACUUCAAAUUCCACUGUUAUUGUGACAUUCAACAAGUCAAAUGAUGCAUCAGCUGUCAAAGUAAUUGAAAGAGUCAGCAGUGUAUCAGAAGUGGAACACCUGAAAAAUAAACCUGAUCACGGAGGCUAUUAUAAUGAGAAUUUUGGUCAACAGCCAUUUCCUAGCUGGAAGUUCCUUAAAUGUUCUGAUGAUUUUGAAGAUUAUGGUGAUGAUGGCGAUUAUGAUGAUGAUUCUGACAGUCAGAGUGAUUAUGAGGCUGAUGGUGAAUUUUAUGCCGACUAUUAAGCCUUACAUUUUUAAAGUAUUUGAAAUUGAGUUAACAUCAAGAAUCCUCCUUAAUAGGUCAUUGGUUGAAUUUGCUUUCACCAGUUUCCAUUCAGCAAAACCUUGUAAAAAUCCCAUGUUUGGGAAAUCUGUAUACCUAUUUUAUGGCACACCAUGACUUAAUUAAUUGCAUACAUAAGAACAUGCAUUCCUAGAGCCUGGCAGUUCUUUUUUGUCAUUUGCAUGGUUAAGAUCUUGAUCCGUGCUGUCAUCUAUGAAGUGCUCUAUUAACAUCCCCAAACAGUUACCACUAACUGUCUAAUCACCUGCAUCCACAUUGCCUUUAUUACGUGGAAGAGCACAGCAUGACAUACUGCCAGAGGUGCCCCAGAUUUAAUCCUGGCAUAUGUAGAUGCCAUAAAAAGAAGCAUUUGACUUACCCAGCAAUAAAAAAAAAAAAAAAAAAAAA